AUGGAAAGAAACCAGAACGUGCUGGAGCGCAAGUUAAUUAGCUCCAGAGUUCUUUGGAGGCAGCAGCACGAUAUGAAAGAGCAGCUCGAAUUGCAAAGAGCUGAGCUGCAGCAGCUGAGCACGGAGCUGGAGAAGGCCCAUGCUGCGUUGCAGCAACAGAGGGGGGAGUUGAAUCGCGAGGUCGAGAAAUAUGAACCUUGCAGUACGGAGCCGGAGGUGGCUCGGUUCAUGGUCUCCGCGGAGCAGGAAACUGCCGACGAGCUUCGACAGCGUGUGCCAGAUGGAAAUCCGGAAAACGACGAUGCGGUCAAGCAGCUGCUGCGGAGGUACGCAGACGAUCCUGUCUACCUCGUCUUCGAUGUGAAUGAGAAGACUGGUGCCGAAGUGCGGAACCUCGUCUGGAGGUCAGUGAAGGAUUCUGGACAGUACGCUGGAGGUGACGAAGCACCCAUGAGGGAAGGCUCCCCUGGCAUAGGAGAGGAGAACAUCCCCUACAAGUAUGCCAGCGUGAAAUGCAGGCAAGUUCUGCCAAGACUGCACCAGAAUGACAUCAACAGCACCACCAAGAGCAGUAUAG